AUGUCUUCCCCGGUUUCAAGUUCGAAAAUCUUAAGAAAGAUUUCUAUUGUGGCCAAACAGCGACCCUUCCGAAUUGUCAUUUUAGGUCAAAACGGCGUGGGAAAAUCAGCUUUGACAGUUCGGUUCAUGACGAGGAGAUUUAUCGGUGAAUAUGACCCGUACUUGGAGAAGGUCUACAGCUGCAGCAGAUACGUGGAGGGAGAGAGCAUGCACUUUGAAAUUCUGGACACUGCUGCACAGGACGAAAACAGUCGCACGGAGGACAACAUCCGUUGGGCGGACGCAUAUAUUCUGCUGUACUCUAUCGCUGACAGAUGCAGCUUCAACGAGUGCUCACGUCUCCGUUUCCUCAUCAACUCGUACGCUAAACGCCAUCACCGGAAGUCAACAAGCCUGCCAUUCCCGGAAGUCACGUGUUCAAGUGCGCCUGUGAUAUUAAUAGGAAACCAGGCAGAUCGCUGCCACGACAGAAUGAUCUCGACGGAAGAAGGAAGAGCGAGAGCAGCUGAGCUCGGAUGUGCGAGAUUUUACGAGAUUUCUGUGCGAGAGAGCGUUGACUGUGUUCAAAAGAUAUUUGAGGAUUUAUACACGUAUCAGAGGAAGACAAAGAAAUUUCGAUCGUUGUUUUCGCAAAGUACUUCCAACAUUUCGCGUUCUUCUUCCCUCUCCUCUGAUGACGACAUCAACGAUAAUGGCUCCUCGAAGGACACGUUUUCGAAAAGACGUGGUGCUUUACAAACAAUAAGCUGA